UAGCAGACCAAACCUUUGAUACUUAAGCAAGUUGUACUGUUGUAGUGCACUCAUUUAUGCAAAAAGUGGCCUUAAGUAAAGGAAUCAAACGUAUAUUCUGAGAAAGAACAAGUCUAGAGCAAUGCCUUUAUUUUGGACAAUCCUUCUGAUCAUGAUGGUGUGCUUGAUUAAAUCUUACAAUGGUCAAAAAAUUGACUACUUCCAUCCUACCUGUUCCGGAGCAGACAAUGAAUUGAGCGUCCUGAGAGGAAUUGUUAAAGAGCAAGACAAGAAAGUAGAAAAACUCGAGAAAGAAUUAAAUAUUUUUAAAAAGAUUGUAAGUGACAUGAGAGGAACAAUCCAAGAACUACCUUCAAAACAAGGGACAAUGGCAGAAAAAUUGAAUCAUGGAGUCGGUUUUACUGCUAUGCUCAGAGGUGACACAUCUAUAUAUCAACUAGAAGAAAAUGAAAAACUUGUUUUUGGAUAUGUAAGUAUCAAUGAGGGUAAUGCUUACAACAAAGACAGUGGUAUAUUUCGCUGUCCAAGAAAUGGGUUAUAUGCAUUCUAUGUGAAUAUUCUUACUUUACGACAUAAGACGGCGGAGGUUGAAAUUACAAAAAAUGGAAACCAUACCAAUUCUGCAGCAUACUCUCAAGGUGUUUCAGAAGGUACAAAUGGCAGCAUCUUUGCUUUACUCACACUGACGGUUGGGGAUGAGGUCUGGCUAAGGGCUGCUAACAACUGGUCGUCUACUGGAAAAAUUUUAAAAUACCGUGAGAAUACCUUUUCCGGAUUCCUUGUGCAUCAGUAUUGAUGUAUUUACUAAAACCUUCAAAAUUAAGUAUUAAUCAAUAACGAUUAACAUUUAAAAUGUGAUUAUGACGGAGCAUAAUGCUGUAAAUUUGAAUUAUUUCAAAGAUCAUAAAUAAUUUGGAACUUGUGUUAUUUAAUAUGUUGUUAACAAAAUUAUGUUCAAUGAGUAGAGUCAUAGAGUACUUCAUUUAUAUCACCUCAUGAUUACAAUAGCAAUGCAGUUCAUUGUUAAAACUUUAGAUGGCCGGAAGGAUUAUAAUGAUUUUACGUCAAAAUGUAAACUUGCUUUAUACAAUCAUGUGUAUAACAACAGUCAAAUUAUAGUCACUAGAAUUCUAAUUAUUUUACAUCUGACACUGUUUUUAUUAAGACGUCAAAUAUUUAUUUAGAAAUACAUAUAUUUGUUGUAUUUCUCUAUUAUAUAAACAUGCAGAGAGGAUCUCUGUUCGUGUUUGUAGGAAGUACAUCACAGGUCAUAUUAAACAUAUUGUAUAUUAUUUAAUAUAUUAUCUACCGGUACAUCACUAAAAAAUGACUUGCUUAACUUGUAUUUCAUGCAUAAGAUUGAAUAAGAUACGCGUGUAGUAAUUAUUUUAUUCACAAUGUGGACAAGUAAACUAUACAGCUUUUGAUGGAUAUAACAUGUGUACAUAGCAAAUAUAUCUUCCACCGGUAGAAAGUACACCGGUAGGUGUACAAGUUUUAGUCAGCUGCAAAGUGUCUAACCUUUAGCCUAAUAAUCAUUUCUCGUAGACUUUAGAUUAAUUGUUAUGCUAAUGUAUAAUGUUUUCAGUAAAUUCUACUCACAAUUUUUUUUGCAAACAUGUUGGAAUAUAUCAAAGCGUUGCAAUCACGAUCCGAACAGCUAACAUACUCAUCGUCGUUAAAGAUGAAGCUGUCGCCAGUGUCUCUAUGUCUACAUCAUGAAUAUGCAUUACUCAAAUCGUAGAAGUUUUUUUCAUCCGAUUUAGAACUUGUUGAAUAUUAACUGGAUGGGACAGGUGUCUCCAUCCAUCGGAUCCAUUCAUUCCUUUCCAGCUACCGAAUUUCCUCCAACGUCUUAGCAUCAUUCCUUGCAAGUGUAUUUUGUGCCUUUUCAGUUUUUUUAUCAGUCUGUACGAAUAAAAUAU